GCUAGUCCUACGCUACUCCGAGUUGGAUUAGACCUGUUCAAUACGAAUGCAAUAUGCUGAUCCGAAAACGUCAGCAGUCAAACAGACGACCCUAAGUCCAUAACGUGGCUAGGAUCUCGUUCGUCCGGAGCCCGGUUCUUUGCAACAAAAUCUACAUAUGCAGGAACGGGUAGUCUAAGAUACGAUACCAUGGCGUUGUUCAUCGCAACAUGAAUCCAUACUUAACUAACAAUACGGCAAUAGCCUAUGACCCCUUACUAGGUUAAUUCCAAUACCUCCAGUACCGGCUCUAUCCUGCGUCUCCCAACCCCAUAUUCCGGGGCCACCUCUACCGGAUGGAGUAAUUAGUUUCUAGCGGGACGAAAUACCGUUUACAAGAUUAGUAUAUGCCAAGGCAUCUGAUUUCGUACCAACGCAUCCAUGGUGUAGCUACAUUCCGGGAUUGAGAUGGCAUUUCUCUGGCUACAUAAAAGCCUGCUCGGCCACACCCACCUUAACUACAGUAAUUCCGUAAAACAGACAUAGGUAAAUAUCGAAAGAUCAAUUAUUCGCAAUGCUAUUCAACAUCAUCUUCUUUGCCCUUGGGGCUGCUGCUAUCGCCCUACCAGAAAAAGCCGAUUGCCCUCGCAUCAGAUGUAUAGACGGUGUUAACGAAUGUGGAAUCAAGUACGGUAGAUGUUACGAUAUGUGCACACAUUCUCAGCCGAGUCCUCCACCAUGUCCGGGGAUCACAUCGGCGCCGACGACGUUGUCGCCCGUAACAUCAACUGCGGCGCCUUGCACUAGUACCGGAACUGCCUGCGUCGAUCAUCUUAGGAGCUGCGGAUCGCCUCCCACUGCUAUCCUUACUUAUGGAGGGUGUUACCCGGCCUGUGGCCCGACGCCGACUUUCUCGCCUCCGCCAUGCCCAGAGCCAACCGAAACUACUGCUGAAUGAAAUCACAACACCUAGAACGAAUAGGAUAUGAUAGUCGCUUCUUGUUACUUGAGAAUCUAAAGCUACUGGCGAAAACUUUCUUAACCCUGCUCUGCUUAAGGUAUGUUUGGUGUUGGAUGAGCGCGUACUAGGUCUGAUAGAGACAUGGCUUGGGAAAAAAAAAAGGCGUACAUGUAAAAUGAUUGGUUUGAGUUAAUUCGCUUUAUUAAGUUUACGUUGACCGUGGCCGACCAUAGUGAGGUUCCUUAAAAUUACAAUACACGAAU